GCCGCCCGCGCCGCCCGCGCCGCCCCCGUCCGCGGCGCGCCGUUGAGCCCGCGCCGGGCCCCUCCGGCCCCCUUCCCAUGCGGGCGGCGCGGGCCCUGGGAGGGGCGCCCGCAGCCAGCCGCGCAGCAUGCACUGGGGGGUUGGCUUUGCCUCGUCCAGGCCGUGCGUGGUGGAUCUGAGCUGGAACCAGAGCGUCUCCUUCUUCGGCUGGUGGGCCGGGUCCGAGGAGCCCUUCUCCUUUUAUGGGGACAUCAUCGCUUUCCCUUUGCAGGAUUACGGUGGGAUCAUGGCAGGGCUGGGCUCCGAUCCCUGGUGGAAGAAAACACUUUACUUGACCGGGGGAGCUUUGCUGGCCGCAGCUGCGUAUCUGCUCCACGAACUCCUGGUCAUUAGGAAACAGCAAGAGAUUGACUCCAAAGAUGCUAUUAUUUUGCAUCAGUUUGCAAGACCUAACAAUGGUGUCCCCAGUUUGUCUCCUUUCUGUUUGAAAAUGGAAACUUACUUAAGGAUGGCUGACUUACCCUACCAGAAUUAUUUUGGUGGAAAACUUUCUGCUCAAGGGAAAAUGCCUUGGAUCGAAUAUAAUCAUGAAAAAGUUUCUGGCACCGAAUUCAUUAUUGACUUUCUGGAAGAGAAACUUGGAGUGAAUUUAAACAAAAACCUUGGCCCGCAUGAAAGAGCCAUUUCCAGAGCAGUGACCAAGAUGGUGGAGGAGCACUUCUACUGGACGUUAGCUUAUUGCCAGUGGGUGGACAAUCUCAAUGAGACCCGGAAGAUGCUCUCUCUUAGUGGUGGCGGUCCCUUCAGUAACCUGCUGAGGUGGGUCGUGUGCCACAUAACGAAAGGAAUUGUGAAGCGCGAGAUGCACGGCCACGGCAUUGGCCGCUUCUCAGAGGAGGAGAUUUACAUGCUGAUGGAGAAGGACAUGCGGUCCUUGGCAGGGCUUUUGGGUGACAAGAAGUACAUCAUGGGGCCCAAGCUUUCUACUCUGGACGCCACUGUCUUUGGACACUUGGCACAGGCAAUGUGGACCUUACCUGGGACAAGACCUGAGCGGCUGAUCAAAGGUGAACUGAUCAACCUGGCCAUGUACUGUGAGAGGAUAAGGAGGAAAUUCUGGCCCGAGUGGCACCACGAUGACGACAACACCAUCUACGAGUCUGAGGAGAGCAGCGAAGGCAGCAAAACCCACACGCCCUUGCUGGAUUUCAGCUUUUACUCAAGGACAGAGACCUUUGAAGAUGAGGGAGCAGAGAACAGUUUUUCCAGAACCCCAGACACGGAUUUCACUGGACACUCGCUCUUUGAUUCCGACGUGGACAUGGAUGACUACACAGACCACGAACAGUGCAAGUGAUGUUCAGCCUCGCUGACCGUCCUCUGCCCGAGCUGCCACUUCCUGGGGGGGUCCAGUUUCCCAGGUAGAAAUCCAGCUCAGCUGGGAGGAGAUCCUCGUGCUUGGCACACUUCUCACAAGCUAACUGGACUAUAGCAGCCUUAUUUCUUUUUGUACAAACGAAACACAGAACCAUUAAGAUGGCUCCAUUUAAAACAGGCAAAAAAAAACAAAACAAAAAAAAUGUCAGCAUGGUUCCUGAAAUCCAUUUUUGUUUUCAUUAGAAAACUAACAUCCUGUGGCAGAGCAGGGGCAAGAACAGGUCGUCUGUGGAUCCCGAUUCCGUAGAUCCCCUUCAGCCCGAGGGCUUAGCUGUGAGACGGACUCUCGAGCGCCCUUCCUUGCUUCACGUGGGUUCGAAGUAACCCGAGAAGUCAUCAGGAGACAUGUAGGAGACAAGGGUUCUAUGGUGGCUGCUUGUAUUUUAUGUGUGUAUAUUGUAUGUUGCGAUAAUUCAAAUAAAAUCUCUAGAUAUUCAGUGAACACCUACUACGUGCAAAGCACUGUGCUAGGUGCUAAUCAGUAUAAGUUUUCUUCUCAGUCCUGCCAGUGACUAGCUGUGUGAUUUCGGGCAAGUCCCUUAAUUCUCGUGUGCCUCAUUUCCCCCACCUGUAAGGUGGGGAUAACACUACUCUCCACCUACCUACCUCACAGGGGUGUUGUGAGGAUUCCUGGGGUAACAUUCGGCGCUUGAAACCUCUUGGAAGAGCUGCGACGGAAACACCUUUUCUUCUCGAUUGUGCUUCCGACGACGUGCGGAGAUGCGAGGGCAAAGGGAUUCCACGUCCGGCCAGCAGCAGCCGCCGUCACUCGCCAGAGCCGAGCAGACGAAACAUGCGCAGAGGCACAGCUGGGACUCGGUCCUCGUUCUUUCCUGGGAUCUUGCUUGAGUCGAACUCUUUGGCGGAGAGAACCUUGAACAUGCCCUCACAGCUCAUCAACAGCUGCAAACCGUCUUCAGUUCUGUGUGUCUGCAGAAGUCUUUCUUUCGUUGCCUGAACGCACGCUGGAGUGUUGUCCUUUGUCGACUCCCGAGCGUUAAGUUGCCCGUGUUUGGUUUAUCUGAAGGGAGGAAAGCUCAGGAACAUGACGGAUUUCACGGAAGUGGAGGGGAAAGGAUUUGGCUGAUUUUUCUAAGCAGAUGCUUGCCAGCUUGUAAUGUCUUUUUUGAAAACAGACCUUGCGAGAUGUGCUGAAAUGAUGAAUUGUGAAGAGAAUCACGGCGCGGGCAUCAAAGCACUUCGUGCAGUGCACACUCUAUGCAGUUUUCCUAAUGCAACUUCUCCGGUGUUCUCAGCCAUUGCCCUGCGAGAGGAAGGCAAUGCCGGGGACAAACGUUAAUGUUUCUUAAGGAUUUCCCAUAGCCUCCCUGUGCUCCCUCCCCUUCCCCGUGGAGCACAGGGACCCUUGGGGUUACUGUGUUUGCUAAGGCCCUCUGUCUCUGAAGACAUUAUUUUUGGUGACUUACAACAUUUUCCAGUGAAAGAGGGGGUGAGGAUGCUGGGGUAAUGGUCGUGGAUUUGGGCUGGAGAGUCAGUGUUCAGAUUCACAUCUGCAACCAGAACUGCUUUGCUUCUGAUCACAGCGGGCUCACGGGGCGAUGGUUAUGCGUUGAGGGGCUCAAGAGACACUACUUUAAAGACAGCAACAUGUGCUGGGAUAUGUUCAUGUUCUUUGCUUGACAAAGACUCUUUGAAUAUGGCUUUUGCAAAAAACAUCCUAAAAUGCUGUGGAUUCCACUGAGAGGUAAAGAGGGAGAGUUGCUGAGGCUGUUUACCAUUGAAGCAACCGUGUAAGAGAUGCCCUGAGUUGGACAUUCUUACUGCACAGGAAACCUGGUUGUUAGUAUCUUAUUAAAACCAUUCAUCUUGGAGAGGACUGUUUGGUGCCUAAUGAAAAUGUGGUGCAGAAGCUAUGAAUGGAGGAUCGUGUUUCAUCUCCAGGGUCACUUGGGAGGACUGUCCGCUUCUGUCUCUAAUGAGUGUGUUCCAAGGCCAGCCGGUGGUAGUUCCGUGUGACUAGGGAAACUUUGGGCUUGGAAAUGCGAAUUCGACAAACAGAUGGACUGUUGACCCAUCCGCGCAAGGACCGAGUUGCCUUGUCCCCACUCUUAGCUGGAGAGAGUUGUGUUUGGAAUUUUGCCUAUGAUUUAUCCUUACUUUAUAGCACCAGGUGUGUUGUAUCUUUACUUCAAGAAUGAUUAAGCUAUGA